AAUAUAUUAUAAAUAUACAUCAUGGCAAAUUUUAACAUUUUGACCGUCAGGGAAAUGAUAGAUGCUUCUUUUGGUGAAACAGAUAGCAACUGUCCUGUUAACUUAAAAAUGGUUGGGUCUGUUUUAUUCAUUCUUGCGAGGCGUAUGGAACUACUUAAAAGACACUUCAAAGUUGAAGUUCACCAAAAAAUUGCUCCAAAAUCCACCUUUGUAGUGACUGAAAUAAAAAUUCACACUAAAGGAAAGAAAAAAAAACGAAAGGCCAGAUUGUUAGUAGAUGAAUCAGGUAAAAUACGUAGGCCACAAAAGCGUUCCAGUUUGCCAAGUUAUAAAAUACCCCCUCGACAGCGUUUUUCUGAUGACAGUUCUACCGAAACGUCUUCGACUGAAGAACGUUCAACCAAAAAAUCUCAUAAGCGUACAGGUGAAAAACAUUUACAAACCAAGCGUCUAGCUCAAGUAUAUAGGUCUGAGCAGCUUAUAGCUCGAAAGUACUGUCAUGAAACAUCUCCAUCUGAACGAGACAGAACCAGAAAACACUCUGAUGGAAGAUCUCCAGCCGCCCAUCAAAGAGUAUACACGGGAAAGUCUCUUGCUUCACGACAAAAUGCCAAAAAGUAUUCCGAUGAAAUGUCUUCAGCGAGACAAGGUAAAUCUCAAAAGCACUCGGACGACAUGUCUCAAUCCGAAAGACGUAAGGAUAUAAAAUCUACAGCCGAACGAAAAAGGGACUAUAGCGAAACAUAUCCCUCCGAGCGACGUAGAUCAGGAAAGCAUUCCGAUGAAAGGUCUUGGGACUUAGGUCAAGGAUCUGAACGAAAUAGAGCGAAGAACUAUUACUCGCCAUCUGACGAACCUUCCAGUGAAAGUGCAAUUAGUGGCGAAACUAGAACAAAAAAACCUUUUGACCAUAAAGGUAAAACCGAUUCUGAAAGAAGAUCAAAGUCAUAUACUGGCAUAUUUAGAGGGAAAGAAAUACAUGAAAGAAAAAUUACAUUUCAAUCCAGUGAUGAUGAUGUUAUAGAAACACAGCACGAGAAAAUAUAUAUCGUUGCCACCGUCAUAACACCGUCGGGAGAAAACAAACGAGGUCCGACCGCCAAUUUGAAUCCAGUGGUAACCCAAGAACAGUAUAAUCGUCUGCUAGCGAAAAUCCGGAAACUACAGAGCAAAUUUGGAAUCUCAAAAAAAUUUGACGAUCUUACAAAAACCACUUCCAUGACUCAUCCCAAAGCAGCUAUGAAUAUUUCGGUACGGCUAGAUAGAGCAGAAAACAGACUUGCGCAUUUAUUGAAGAUUGUCACACAACUCGCCAGUCAAGUACCGAAAACAGAACUACAAGCAGUUUUGAACGAAAUAUCUGUGUCGGGGAAUGAACCCAAAAGCUUAAAAAUAUCAGGCCCUCAAUCAGAUCCAAUAACGGGCCUGCUAGAAGCGCAUGACACCGACAACCAAAUAUUUCAGGCGUCUGGUGGUCAGGCUUUUGAAUCUAGUCUAGGAGGUCAAGCUGUAGUACCUAGUAAACCACAAGAAAACAUAGCUUUGUUUCAAGAUAACUUACUCCUCAUGCAAGCCGACUUGGAAACGGCAUUGGACAAAGUCGCCGACUCUUUGUUGUCUCCAAAAGAAGAUGCGGCUGCCGUUGCGCAAAUAGUUGAGACCUUUUUAGAAUAUAAAAGUGAUUUAGUCAACACAGAAUACAUACAAGUUGAAUUGAAGCAUGAUAUUGAACAUUAUCUUAAAAAAUUGGAAUUCGCAAUAGACAACUUCGUUGCAAAAUGCGGAGCGUGUGCUGAUAUAAUCCAAUUAGCCACAUUAAACGACAGUAUGCAGCAACGUUUUACGAGAAUGGAUAAGGAUUUAGACGACAUGUUUACGAUUGUUAUGCCACCUAAGACAUAUCCAACGGAUAAAAAAGUACAACGCGACGAGAAAUGUUUAUCAUGUGGAGCGCCAACCGAAGUAGUGAAGGAUGAGCUUAAUCUGAGACUUUGUUCAUAUAUUUGCGAACACGAUUGCGGUGAAAUUGUUAACACAGCAGAGGAGUUGUUAGAAUUGUUUAUAAAAAGGCUGCACCCAGACUCGCCGAAUAGCGCUGCAGUCCCUGACACUGACAAGACAAAUAGUACAAUCAACUUUCGAUUGUUGAAAACAGUAAUAAUCAUAAUUGCCAACCAAUUGAGAGUCCUUCACCGACAAGUGCAAGUUUCCGUUGACCGAAGUGUAAAGCGCUCCAAAACAAGUAUAUAUCCCAGUCAAACUAUUUCUGAAAUUAGAAUACAAGUUGGCAAUAAAGAUAGGCAAACCAGAGUUAGCAAAGAAGGGGGAAAAAGAAAGGCAGACGAGAGAAGAGGACAACAUGUGAAGAGAAAUGAGGAACGAAGUUCAAAAGACGAAGGAAAGGUUAAUGUAAAAGAAAAAUCGAAAGAUGAAGAAAACUCUAAGCAAGAAGAAGAAACAAAGAAAGGGUUGGAAACUUACCAAAGCGAAAGAAGUAUUAAAAAGAAAGUAAGAAAAGAUAAAACGGAACGCCAAAAAGAACGAGGUGUAAAAGUUCAUUCCAGCAAAACUAUCAUGCAUUCCGUGUCUGACGGUACUGAGGAGCAUGUAGAGUAUGACAAAGGCGACCCCCUGUUACAAGAAGCAACUUCAAUACGCGAUACUAACGAAGAUGACAUGGAAGAGCUGCGAGAGCGAGAAAUCAGGAUCAUAAGUCAGCGAGCCGAUUCUCAUGAAGAUCCUGCUUUAUCGCCAUCUCCGAUGGCUUCAGUGCAUUCAUUCGGCAAGGAAAAUCUACUUAUAGUUUCACCUCAAGGUCGCAUUCCACGCGUAAGUGUGGUGACUAAAGAACAAUUCGAUGAAUUAGCUAAUGUCGUUCAUGAACUCGAAGCCCGAUUUGACCCGAUAGGCAUCCCAAAUUUUCCCGAAAAUGCAGAGUUUUUGAAAGCUCUUCGAUCCGGAGCUUCUCUUACGGAAGCAAUGGCGGCUUUUCAAAUGUCAGCAAGACUACAGACCUUCGAAAAAGCCUUCGAAAUUAUGACAUCCUUACUCACUGAACUGGCUAAAAAGACUCCAGGAGUUAAUGUGUCACAAUUUCAAGAAUUGGAAACAAACUUUGCUCGUGGAGGUGUUCUUAAUGAGAUCAGCUUGCCACGUAAAGAGGAACAUGUAAAAGCUGAUUGGGUAUCCCGCGACGAAUUUAACAACGCUAUGCAUGAGUUGUACGAUGAAGUUAUGCAAGUCGUAAAAAAAGGUUCUAAAACUACUGGCACUGAUACCAAAAAUACUGAAUUAUUGUUAGGACAACUUGAAAGAAAAAUAGAAUCGGUAAAUUACCGAGAACGUAUUGAAAAUUUAGAAGCCGAAAUCACAGAAUAUGCUGAAAAGUUUAUUAACCUAGACUUUAGCCUCUCAUCACAGAUUGGCAGCUAUCAAGAACAGUUGACUCAGAUGCAGUAUCAACUAGAAACAGGAAUAGAAAAUAUGGUAGACAAAGUAGCUCAUAUACGCACUGCACCGGAAGCUCUAAAGGAAUUAAAUAUACGACUAGACACAUUGCAGCAAGAUUUAGAAAAUACAACAGUUGAACUGAAGGAUCUGAGGACUUUUCAGAAUAAUAUGACUCUGGACCUAGCGAGAAUAUGGAAAGAAAUUGAGUUAAUACGUGAUGCCAAGGCCGAUCGAGAAGAGAUUGCUGAUGUGCUCCGCGAUAAAGCGGGCAUCGAAAACCUGAACGGGAUGGUCUCCGCAGGGGAAUUUAAUGCAGUUUGUGCGGAUAUGGAAACAAAGAUUAAUGCUUCAUAUAACAAGUUCAAUAAUCAAGAACUCAUUUGGCAGAUGGCUAUAGAUGACCUUGCUAAAUCAAUAAGUGAAAAGGGUGAUUGGAAAGACAUCUGUGCUCUUCGUGAGGACAUAAACCACCAUCUCAAUAACCUGAAAGACAAGGUAGACAAGCUGAUAGAGGUAGUUGGUGAACCUCGUGCUGCCGCCAUUAGGAAGAAACUCUUCAGUGACGCCGACUGCGUAUGCUGCGGUACUCCUGCCAGUAUGAAUAUAGAAGUUCCUGUGCAGAGGCUACCUAAUUUUACAAAGACAAGAGCAUCAGCAGACGGCGUCGAAGCUCCUAACGUACCAAAAGAAGAUGGGGACCAUGUAGGACUAUGUAUUCCGGGACGCCCUGUAGCGCAUCCUAAGGAUGCAAGAAGCCAUAUAUGCCAGCGGUUUUGCGGUGGCUCACACACUCUUAUACCAUCUGUGACUCGAGUUCCUCCAGGUGUAACUGUCACUCAAUGUCCACGGGAAAAUACGACUACGAUCGGCAGUGACGGAAAGGCUUAUAAGACUGACGAGUACAUAGAACUUAAGCCUUGUGAACAAUGUAACGUUCCGAAAGUAAAUCCGCAGAUGAAGAAAAACGCUGAUGAGGAAGCCUCGAAACCGGCUAUUACCCAGAGAAAUACUUCAUCAUUCGCCAUAAUGGAAGAAAUGUCUUGGAUGGCAGCGCAUAAACGUAGCGAAGCAUCUGAAAAUCGAGCUUUGCCUUCAUUUGAUGAUGAAAAUUAUGUUAUUUAAACAUUUACUUGUUCCAUUUUAUUGUUAUUGUUGCAUUAUAUUUUUUCUCUAAAGUGUUCUUUAUAAUCAGCGACUAUUCGUAAACUUGUAUGAAAGCAAUAGUCAAGUGUUGUAUGUUGUAUACAGCCCAAUAGUAAGUUGACAAAAAUGUUCACUACGGCAUAUUGUUGAUAAUGAUAAUUAUAACAGACGUUUGCGUUUGUGUAUUAAAUCUAAAGGAGAAUAUGUUGUA